AUGAAUCGAAAACUCAACGAAAAACUUAUCAAUUUCAUCAACGACAUUGCGAAUAAUGUUUUUAUCAUUCAAUUUGUUGUGUCUUCUGUUGGAUUGUUUGUCACCAUUCCACAUCUUUUUAUAUUAUUCAAUUCUUCUAUGAGAACGUCCAGUACUAACUCAUUGAUGAUCGGAAUAGCUUUCUGUGAUUUAGCAGUUUUAUCUUCUAACGUUUAUGAAAGAGUUCAAUCAUAUUGGUUGAUGCCUGCUGAUGAUCCGUGUGUGAAUUACAAUAGUUAUUGGUAUCAGAUGUCUCUACUCGUGAGCGAUAUUCUUCGAGAAACGUGUGAGCGAGCUUCCUUCUGGAUUGGAAUAUUUCUCGCGUUGACUAGAUUGUUAAUCAUGAAACUACCUGGAAACACUCCCGUCUUAUCGAAACCUAUUUUGGGUCACUUUUUGUUUCUACUCCUUCUUUCUCUCAGUUCCACCCACACUGCAUAUUUAUAUUCUGGCUAUCGAAUAACACCAUGGGGUACUCUAUGGGAACCCGAGGAAAUAUGCACUGGAUUUCCAGAAAAUUACACAGAACAAAUUUAUAUUCGUGACUUCAUAGAUAACCAAAAUUUAUUCAAAGUAACAACAAAAUAUGUGUUCAUAAAUGGAGUCUCAAGAAUACUCGUCAGCCUACUUUACCCUUUUCUGGCAAUAUUUUUGAUUUUCGAGAUCCGUCAAUCGGCGAAAUUUGCUUUAGCUGCAUUAAGCGAAAGAGCUGCGGAAGAACGACACCGAACUGGUCGAAUGAUUCUAGUGAUGACAGUAUUCUAUGUCAUCGCAAGUCUUCCUGGUAGCGCUUCCGAUUUCGUUACGUUGUUUGUGGAAAUCCAGUCAUACUCGAUUUUGGAAACACUCGUGGGUUACGGAUCAAUAUUCAUAUCCGCCUUGUUCUGUUUUAAUGCAACUUCUCACGGAUUCAUUAACUUCACAAUGUCUUCCAAGUAUCGAAAAACUGUGAGAGAAGAGUUUUAUUGUCGCAAGGGCGAACUAAGAGGAUCUUCCGUAUCGAUCACAAGAAGCAGUUCACAUAUUUGA